GGGUACAACGCUUGCUAUGUGCGUGUUUUUUAGCAAACCUAUUUAUGAUAUAUUCUUUCGUAAACUACCAGAAAAUUCUGAGCAGAAAAAAGUUCGCGAUUGAGUUUAAGUCCACAUAGGUAGUUUGCAUGAAAGAAUGGAGACAGUAGUAAAAAAAGCGAAGGGAAGAUUGAAACAGUAUCCUAUCCUAUUAGCUCGAUGUCAGGAAUCAGCAUCAAGGUACGCAUCUUGCGUGCUGGCGGAAUCAAAUUUAGAGAAGAACGCUUGCGCCGCGGAGUUUAACGAAUUGAAAAAAUGUCUUGUUAAAGCCGCUGCGAGUAGCAAUACGAGAUUAUAAAUGAGCUUGAGUGAUCAGUA